UUGAGAUUUGGUCGACAAGACCCAAAUGAACCUCCAGAAUCUGUAACAGAGUUCGGAUUUUACACUCAUCCAUGUCAAUCACAAUUGGUAGUUAAAGCAACUUCCGAAGAUGUGCCAUAUUUUAACGCUCCAGUUUAUCUUGAAAACAAAGAGAUGAUUGGUAAAGUAGAUGAAAUAUUUGGACCCAUCAAGGAUUAUUCCGUAUCAGUAUCUUUAUCGGACAAAUUCAAAGCAAAUUCAUUUCCCACUAACCAGAAAGUGUUCAUUGACCCAAACAAGCUUUUACCACUUUCAAGAUUCUUACCUAAACCUGUGGACAACAAGGUGAUAAAAAAGAAGAAGUCUGGUGGUGGACGAGGAGGAGGAGAUCGCGGUGGCGGCGGAGGCAGAGGUGAUGGAGGUGGUCGUGGACGUUUUUAAUUGUUACUCCAUUUU